ACAUUUGAGGCUCUCUGCUGACAGACAGCUGAGACAGGUAAAGUAGUCGGUUACCACCUUUGCCAUGUUGGUAGCGUUGAAUGAAGAAGAUGAGGAUGAACUGAACAUGGCAACGACGACGCCCGCCUUCCCAUGCCUCGUCAUUUCCACAUAUGUACCUUCCUAUCUCAUCUAGGAGCAUACAGUAUAUAAAUCUGACCACGAUAACCAAGCUAAGCAUCGCAUUCUGCCGGGCAUUCAUCUGCCUUGAUCGAUCGAUCGGCCGGAGAAGACAGACAGGAUGAGAGGCGGCGCGGCGGCGGUGGCGCUGUUGGCGGCGUUGGGGAACAUGCUUCAGGGAUGGGACAACGCCACCAUCGCGGGCUCGCUCCUCUACAUCAAGCGCGAGUUCCGUCUGGAAGGCCACCCAGCUCUCGAAGGCCUGGUCGUGGCCACGUCCCUCAUCGGCGCCACCGUCGUCACCACCUUCUCCGGCCCGCUCUCCGACUCCGUGGGCCGGCGGCCCAUGCUGGUGGCCUCCUCGCUUUUGUACGCCCUCGCGGGCCUCCUCAUGCUCUGGUCCCCCAACGUGCAGCUCCUCCUCCUCUCCCGCCUCGUCGGCGGCCUCGCCGUCGGGCUCGCCGUGACCCUCGUCCCCGUGUACAUCUCCGAGACGGCGCCGGCGGAGACCCGCGGGCGGCUCAAUACGCUCCCGCAGCUCACGGGGUCCGCCGGGAUGUUCUUGGGUUACUGCUUCGUGUUCGCCGUCACGCUGUCGUCCAGCCCCGACUGGCGGCUCAUGCUCGGGGUCGUCUUCCUCCCCGCGCUGCUGUAUGUGGGCGUGGCUGUUUGGUUCUUGCCGGAGUCGCCGAGGUGGCUGGUGAGUAAAGGGAGGAUGAAGGAGGCCCGGGAGGUGCUGCGGAUGCUGAGAGGAAGGGAUGACGUGGAUGGCGAGCUGGCGCUUCUCACCGAGGGCCUUGGCGCCGUUGGCGGCGGCGGCGACACCGUCGUCGAGGAGUACGUCGUCGGCCCGGCGGCGGCGGCGGCGCACAAGGAUGGCGCUGGCGUGACGCUGUACGGGCCGGAGCGCGGCAUGUCGUGGGCGGCGCAGCCGGUGCCGCUGGGCAGCGCCAUGUCCGGCAUGUCGCGGCAGGGGAGCUUGCUGGGGAGCGUCAUGGGGCUGUCGCGGAUGGGCAGCAUGCUGGAUAGCAUGACGGACCCCGUCGUCGCCCUCCUCGGCGGCCUCCAUGACGACAACAACAACAACAACAAGGAUCCGUCCGACGGGGGCACGCUCUUCACCAACUUCGGCAGCUUGCUCGGCGCCGGCGAGGACUGGGACGAGGAGAACAACCAGGACGCCGCCUUGUCCGACGAUGACGAGCUGGCAAACGGGGGACUCCGCGCGCCGCUGCUGGACAUGCGAAGGCGGCAGAGCAGCCUAACCGGCGGCGAGAUGAAGGGGACGAGCACCAUGGGCAUCGGCGGCGGGUGGCAGCUAGCGUGGAAGUGGACGGAGGGAGACGAGACUACAGGGGAGAGAGGCCAAGUGCAGAGGAUGUACCUGCACGAGGAACCCAGCAGCGCCGGCGCCGGGGAAGAAGCCGUGCACGCCGCGGCGCUGGUGAGCCGGUCGGCACUCUACACCACCGACGACCUCUCGACGGGCCCGGCGCUGCUGCACCCCGCCGCGGCGGAUCAGAAACCAAGGUGGCGCGAGGUACUGGGUGAGCCGGGCGUGCGUCGCGCGCUGGCAUGCGGCGUGGCGCUGCAGGUGCUGCAGCAGUUCUCGGGCAUCAGCGGCGUGCUCUACUACACGCCCCAAAUCCUCUCCCAAUCCGGCGCGAGCGCCCUCCUCGCAUCCCUCCUCGGCCUCACCGCCGACUCCACCGCCGUCCUCGUCUCCGGCCUCACCACGCUCCUCAUGCUCCCCGCCAUCGGCGUCGCCAUGCGCCUCAUGGACUCCUCCGGCCGCCGCACCCUGCUGCUCUACACCAUCCCCUUCCUCGUCGCCUCCCUCGCCGCGCUCGCCGCCGCCGACGCCCUGCUGGCACCCGCGGUGCCGGCGGUUGCGGCGGCGGUGUCGGCGGGGGGCGUGGCCGUGUACCUCUGCUGCUUCGUCAUGGGGUUCGGCCCCGUCCCCAACAUCCUCUGCGCCGAGAUUUUUCCGACCAGGGCGCGCGGGGUGUGCAUCGCCGUCUGCUCGCUCGCCUUCUGGCUCUCCGACAUCGCCGUCACCUACAGCUUGCCCGUCAUGCUCGGCUCGCUCGGCCUUGCCGGGCUCUUCUCCGUCUACGCCGCCGUCUGCUGCGUGGCCUUCGUGUUCGUGCUGCUCAGGGUGCCCGAGACCAAAGGGCUGCCGCUCGAGGUCAUCGCAGACUUCUUCACCGUCGGCGCCAACGAUCGACUGACGACAAGAGUCUCAGAGUAGUAAUAACUUUUGCCAUUUUCUUUCUUCACGUGUGCGUGUGUGGAAAUGCAAUUUUUUGUGUUAUCGUGUGUGUACAAGGUACAGUAUUAUUUUUUCUGCUCCAAAGUCGUGUGUAAUGAUUAAAUGAAUUUUUUCAAGAGUUGUAUAGCGUACCAAGGGGACAAGAAAAAAAAAUUGAACAAGCAA